GUGCCGUGUGGAGAUUAUAAUGAUGAUAAAUAUGUCAUGUUGCAGGUAUCCGAUGGUGAACGGUGACCGGCACACAUGAACACUCUCAACCAUCUAGUGAAGACCUACAUCCAAGCAAAGAUGGACGCCAUGGAUACACAGCGGGCCUUGGAGGCUGUGGAGAGACUCCAGACCAAGCUGAAGGACAGAGGAGAGGCUCCCACUGAGGAGAAACUAUCACUACUGAAGACCGUUCUACAGAGCCCUCUGUUCCUUCAGAUACUAACCAUGCAACAGACACAGCUACAGCUGCCAGAGGAGAAGAAGUCAGUACCGAAGUCUGUUUCCCUCAACACGGGUCUGUCCACGGCCAUGUCUCUGGGCCUGAGGACCCUCUCCCAUAGUGACUCCUAUACCUGGGCCCAGAACAACAGCAGCAGCAGUAGUGGAGGAGGGAGGAGGAGGAGGAGGAGGAGGAGGAGGAGGAGGUAGCCCCCCUGCUAAACCCUUCCUACCUCGGCAGAACUACGGAGGCAGUCUCAGUGCUCUCAACACAAACACAGAAAACAACGCCGUGACCAAUAAGAUACAGUGUAUGACUCAGUUAUGUACGCCUCCACGAAUCUCCAGGACCUUAUCGAUGGGAAGGAACCUGUCGUAUAUCGCCAACGAGGUGAGUUCCCCUUGUCUUACAUACUUUACAACGAGAUGAGUUCCCAUCCUACAUACU